GCCACGGCGCUGCCUUCGCGACUCGAUUCGGCGGCCCCAGAAGUAAUAGUAGAACCGCAGCGCCGGCGCCGUCAGAUCCCAGAAAUCCAAACACCAGCGGGUUCUUCGGCGUCUGGCAGCAAAUCGCGGACAGCGGAUAGGAAGGAAGCAAAACUAACCCUUUCCAUUCAAAGCCCCGAGAAUUUCAAAAACAUUAACAGCUUCCUCCUUCCUCUCCGCAAAACAAAAACCCCGCAAUACUUACAAUACAAGCACCGGCUUCGUCCAUCCUCUCCUCCCCACUCCUCUCUCUCUCUUCCCCAGCUCCGGCCGUCGCGUCCGGCGUGUAUACUGCUACCUCUGCGCUCGCCGGCGCCACCGUGGCCGCAGGCGAGCUCGAGAGGUGCGGAAUUUGGGCGCUGCUCGUGCUGGUUUCGAACCGGAGGGAGGAGUAAUAAUUGGGAGACAGUUGGAGGAGUGUAACUUUGGGCAUUAAUGCCGGGGUGGUGAGAGAGAGACCCUCAAGUGAGGCCGGGCCGGGGUGGUGAGAGAGAGACCCUCAAGUGAGGCCGUUCUGGUGGUGGCGCCCUGUAGCUAGUAGGAGAGUACGUACUACCUCCGUAGCUCGGCCUCUGCCCCCAUUCGCCGUCGCUGCUUUUAAUUUCCCUCCGGAUUCCAGCGCUUCCUUCCGCCUCUCCUCCCCAAUCCCAUCGACACCUGUAACGCAAGUGCACAUGGGGGACGGCGGCGGCGGUAUCGGCAGGAGGCCCUCGACCUCGAGGCGAUGACGCGCGCGCGCGCGAGGGGUCUCUGGGCGCUGCUGCUCGUUGCGCUGGUGGCGGCGGCGGUGGCGCCCGGGGCGCUGGUGCUGGCGCAGGGAGGGACCCUGACGUCGCGGUCGGAUCUCGUGGGGCUGUACGCGCUGCGGGGCUCGCUCGGCCUGAGGGCGCGGGACUGGCCGCGGCGUGCGGACCCGUGCGCGGCGUGGGCGGGCGUGGGCUGCCGCGCCGGCCGCGUCGUCUCGCUCAGCGUCGCCGGGCUGCGGCGCACGCGGCUGGCCCGCCUGUCGCCGCGCUUCGACGUCGACGGGCUGCGCAACCUCACGCGCCUCGAGGCCUUCAGCGCCGCGGGGUUCGGGCUGCCUGGCUCCAUCCCGGCGUGGCUAGGCGCCGGGCUCGCGCCCACGCUCCAGUCCCUCGACAUCUCCGCCUGCGCCGUCUCCGGGGAGAUCCCGGCCUCCGCGCUCCUGGGCCUCGGCAACCUCACCACCCUCAACCUCGCAGGCAACCAACUGUCCGGCCAACUCCCGGCCACCGCGCUCCCGAGGCUCACGCGUCUCAGGACCCUUAACCUCUCGCGCAAUGCGUUCUCGGGCGCCCUGCCCCACGCGGUCUGGUCGCUCCCGGGGCUCAGCGUUCUGGACGUGUCUCGUAACAACCUCACCGGCGCAUUGCCCACGCCAGGGCUUGCGCUGCCAGCCAAUGCGCAGGUGGUGGACCUGUCGGGGAACUUCUUCUAUGGCGGCGUCCCAGAGACCUUUCGUCGGCUGUUCGCCCAGGUGCUGCUUGCCAAUAUUUCUGGGAACUACUUUGACGGCGAGCUAGGAGUGUCCGACGGUGGUGGCGGCAAUGUUUCGUUUCAGUUGAAUUGCUUCCUUGAUGUUCUGGGACAGCGUACACAGGUUGAUUGCCAGCAGUUCUAUGCCAGUCGUGGCUUGCCUUAUGAUGGUCCAGUUAUCCCACCCGCACCACAGCCUGCACCUUCACCGGUAAGGAAGAAGCACAAGAAUCUGAAGUACAUACUGAUCGGGGCCAUUGGUGGAGGCCUCCUGCUGAUAGCCGUUGUUGCAGCCAUUGUGUUCUGCUUUGUGUGUUCUGGGAGUACAGGGAGGAGGAAUCAUCAGAGAGAAAGUGGGGCAUCACCAAGUGCACCAUCGGGAGUGUCAGCUACCGGCACAGCUGCAGCUACUGGUGGCACGCAGCCUUCUGCAUUGUCUGCAAACACGGUGAAAGUCGGCGAUUCGUUUGCUUACGACCAACUUGUCAAUGCCACCUCGGGAUUUGGGGAAAAUAGGCUCAUCAAGCACGGUCACUCAGGUGAUCUAUACCAUGGUGUGCUCCAAGACGGGACUGCCGUGGUGGUGAAGAGGAUCACUUCGCGUGUGCCUCGGAAGGAUGCUUAUCUGGCAGAGUUAGAUUUGUUUGCAAAAGGAGUGCAUGAAACGCUGGUUCCUUUGUUGGGGCACUGCCUUGAUAAAGAAGAAGAAAAGGUUCUUGUGUAUAGGUUUGUCCGAAAUGGUGACUUGUCAAAUGCACUGCACAGAAAGUCAAGGGAGGAAAAUGAAGGCUUGCAAUCUUUGGACUGGAUUAAGAGGUUGAAGAUUGCAACAGGGGUAGCUGAGGCUCUUUGCUAUCUGCAUCAUGAGUGUUCUCCACCAAUGGUUCACAGGGAUGUGCAAGCCAGCAGCAUCCUUCUUGAUGAUAAAUUUGAUGUGCGUCUUGGUAGCUUGAGCAAGGUGUGUCCUCAAGAAGGGGAAGGGCACCAAAAUGUUAUCACAAAGCUGUUAAGAUUUUCUUCGACAGCAGAUCAAGGUUCUUCUGGUUCCCCAUCUGCAACUUGCCCAUAUGAUGUCUAUUGUUUUGGAAAAGUUUUACUCGAGCUGGUGACAGGGAGACUUGGUAUCAGUGCAUCAAACAAUGCUGCCACGAGCGAAUGGCUUGAUGCCACCCUGCGGUACGUCGAUAUUUACGAGAAAGAGCUUAUGAGCAAGAUCAUUGAUCCAACGCUUAUUAUUGAUGAGGACCACCUGGAGGAAGUCUGGGCAAUGGCGAUUGUUGCCAAGUCCUGCUUGAAUCCUCGGUCUUCUAAACGCCCACCAAUGAAGUACAUCCUAAAGGCACUAGAAAACCCUUUGAAGGUGGUGAGAGAAGACAAUGGCAAUAGCUCGGCCAGGUUGAGAGCAACAUCGUCUCGGGGUUCAUGGAACGCUGCACUCUUUGGGAGUUGGCGGCAUAGCUCGUCUGAUGUAGGUCCUUCUAGGGACGACAACAUUCUGAAACGCUCAGAGACAAUCAGAUCGUCCGGCGGGAGCAAUGGGGACCAUUCUUCCUCCCGCAGGAGGCAAUCCAAGGAGAUCUUCCCUGAGCCGUCUGGCUCUCGUGACACCGAGGAUUAAGGGGCUGUUUGGUUCGUAUCUAAAUGUGCCACACUUUGCCUAAGAUUAGUCGUUCGAAUUGAAGAACUAACCUUAGGCAUAAAAGUUAGGCAAAGUGUGGCAACUUAGGCAUAACCAAACAGGCCUUAAGCGUGAAGGAGAAUCUUUCUUACUAAUCACUUUUUCGGUAAGGCGGGAGUCCUUAUGGAGGAGGGCUCUGUUAGAGCUCCGCUUGCUGCUUCUGAUAGAAUUCUUUCGUCCAAAAAGUCAGGAAUGUGAAUUCUCUCUCCUACUCAAUGGCUUCACAACAGCACACUGGUGCCAUGCAGCCAUGGUAAUCAAUUUUGGGGCAAGUAGCAACGGUGGAAUGUACGUUGGUGUACCAAUGGCAUGCAGUUGGCAGCAGUGAAAAGUCUUCACGGUUGGAAGUCUGGUGUCUCUUUUCGUUUGCCCCUCCUCUCGGUUAAAGAAAGAAUGGCGAGCUGAUUCUUUUUCUUCUCCCUACUGUAAUUGAUUGUUUCAUUGUUGAUCAUAGCAGAAAUGUUCUUUUCAUUCAUGCAGUGCUUGGCAUCUUGUCUUC